AUGGCAAAUGGCGGUGGCGACUCAACGCCUCAUGAGCGUGCACGACUGAGCUACAUGAACGACAUCGAAGUGCUAGUGGGCAAAGAGCGCGCAAGCUCUGAAAUCGUUCUGGCAGAUGACUCGCCCCAAGUCGUCAAUCAGUACAUCAGCAGUGCUCACUCUGGUUCGUUGCGCAUCCUCGAGUACACAGAAGGACAGAUCGAGUGCGAUGAUUUGUUCGAAUUGUACAUACUGGCCAAGAAGCUGGGCGACUUGGAUGCGGCCAACAAGGCUAUCGACUACCUCAAGUUUCAGCUUGCCCUUGGCGAGCAUCCUGGUCGUUCAAUCGUGUUCCGAACCUGA